AUGUCUACUUUAGAGGAACUUGAGUCCCAGCAACUUCCAGGUGAUGAAGAGAUUGACGAGGAGAUUUUAAAUUUGCCCACUGCUGAGUUACAGACGAGAAGUAAGCUAUUGGAUAAUGAGAUCAGGAUAUUUAGAUCAGAAUUGCAGAGAUUGUCUCACGAGAACAAUGUUAUGCUAGAGAAAAUUAGAGAUAAUAAGGAUAAGAUUAAAAACAACAAGCAGUUGCCUUACUUGGUUGCAAAUGUUGUUGAAAUUAUGGAUAUGGAGGAAUUGGACGAUACAAACGAAUCUACGACCCAGGGAGGCAAUGUGAAUUUAGAUAAUGCAGCCAAAGGUUACGCAGCAGUGGUGAAAACAUCUUCUAGACAGACAGUUUUCUUGCCAAUGGUAGGAUUGGUGGAUCCUAAGAAAUUGAAACCUAACGAUUUGGUUGGUGUGAAUAAGGAUUCGUAUUUGAUUCUGGAUACACUACCCUCUGAGUUCGAUUCUCGAGUCAAGGCAAUGGAGGUUGAUGACAAACCUACUGAAACUUAUUCCGAUGUUGGUGGAUUGGAUAAGCAGAUUGAGGAGUUAGUAGAAGCGAUCGUGUUACCAAUGAAGCAGGCGGAAAAGUUCAAAGAUAUGGGAAUCAAGGCUCCAAAGGGUGCAUUGAUGUACGGUCCUCCUGGUACUGGUAAAACAUUAUUGGCCAGAGCAUGUGCUGCUCAGAUCAAUGCUACUUUCCUAAAACUAGCUGCUCCUCAGUUGGUUCAAAUGUUCAUUGGUGAGGGUGCAAAGUUAGUUCGUGAUGCAUUCGCCUUGGCAAAAGAAAAAGCCCCUACUAUUAUUUUCAUUGAUGAGUUAGAUGCUAUUGGUACGAAGCGGUUUGACUCCGAAAAGUCAGGUGAUAGAGAAGUUCAAAGAACAAUGUUGGAAUUAUUAAAUCAAUUGGAUGGUUUCGGUUCUGAUGACAGAGUUAAGGUUUUAGCAGCUACAAACAGAGUGGAUGUUCUUGAUCCUGCUUUAUUGAGAUCUGGUAGAUUGGAUAGAAAGAUUGAGUUUCCUUUGCCAACAGAGGACGCAAGAGCUCAGGUGUUACAGAUCCACUCCAGAAAAAUGUCUACAGACGAUUCCAUUAAUUGGCAGGAAUUAGCAAGGUCAACUGAUGAAUUUAACGGUGCUCAAUUAAAGGCUGUAUCAGUUGAAGCGGGUAUGAUUGCCUUUAGAAAUGGGCAAUCCGUGAUUAAGCAUGAAGACUUUGUCGAAGCCAUCAGUGAAGUGCAGGCUAGAAAGACCAAGUCUGUAUCAUUUUACGCUUAA